AUGCGGCUCGACGUCAAGAGGCAACUCUUUGCCCGCUCGGAGCGGGUUAAGGGCGUCGAUUUCCACCCAACCGAGCCCUGGAUCUUGACAACUCUGUACAGUGGCCACGUCUAUGUUUGGUCCUAUGAAACACAGUCCAUUAUCAAGACCUUCGAACUCACCGAUGUCCCCGUCCGCGCUGGUCGCUUUGUGGCACGCAAGAACUGGAUCGUGACCGGUGCCGAUGACUUCCAACUCCGCGUCCAUAACUACAAUACCUCCGAGAAGAUCACUUCCUUUGAAGCGCACCCGGACUAUAUUCGUGCAAUUUGCGUCCAUCCUACCCAACCAUUUAUUCUCACAGCCUCCGAUGAUAUGAGCAUCAAACUUUGGAACUGGGAUAUGGGAUUCAAAUGCGUUCAGGUCUUUGAGGGUCAUGGUCAUUAUGUGAUGGGCCUCGCUUUCAAUCCCAAGGACACGAACACAUUUGCCUCUGCUUGUCUUGAUAGGACAGUCAAGAUCUGGUCGCUUGGAUCGCCAAACGCGAACUUUACACUCGAAGCUCACGAGACAAAGGGAGUCAAUUCCGUUGAGUACUAUCCCAACCAGGAUAAACCUUAUCUUUUAACCACAUCGGAUGACAAGACCGUGAAGGUGUGGGACUAUACCACGAAGGCCCUCAUCGCCACAUUGGAAGGUCACACUAGCAAUGUUUCCUUCGCUUGUUACCACCCUGAGCUUCCUGUGAUCAUCUCCGGUUCAGAGGAUGGAACCGUCAAGCUCUGGAAUAGUAAUACUUACAGGCUGGAGCAGUCAUUAAGCUAUGGCUUGGAACGAGCAUGGUGUGUUGCCUACCAGCGUGGCCGGCAAGGAAUUGCAAUGGGCUUCGAUGAUGGUGCAGUGGUUGUUAAGAUGGGCCGGGAGGAGCCCGCUGUCUCAAUGGACGGAUCUGGUAAGCUCAUUUGGGCUCGACACAACGAGGUUAUUUCAUCGGUCAUUAAGGGCGGUGAUGCAACCCUCAAAGAUGGUGAGCCUCUUGUGUUGGCGACAAAGGAGCUCGGACAAUGCGAAAUCUACCCACAAAGCCUUUCCCACUCACCUAACGGACGUUUUGUGUCUGUUUGCGGUGAUGGUGAGUACAUCAUCUAUACUGCGUUGGCGUGGAGAAACAAGGCCUUUGGCCAAGCCCUGGAUUUUGCCUGGGGCUCUAAGGAUAACAGCAACGAUUAUGCUAUCCGUGAAUCCACAACCAGCGUCAAGAUCUUCAAGAACUUCAAAGAACAGAGCAGCGGCCUCGAUGUUGGCUUUCAAGCCGAAGGCUUGAGCUCUGGUGUCUUGUUGGGUGUUAAGGGACAAGGAGGUAUUGGGUUGUUUGACUGGGAGACCGGCAACUUGGUCCGAAGAAUUGAAGCCGAACCCAAAGAGGUUUAUUGGAGCGAGAGCGGCGAGCUUGUAACACUUGCUUGCGAUGAUGCCUUCUACGUCCUCCGCUAUUCCCAGGAGGCUUAUGCUGAGGGUCUCGCCAACGGCGAGGCUGACGAGGAUGGUGUCGAGGCAGCUAUGGAGCUGGUCGCUACCAUCAACGAGACUGUCCGAACCGCCGAGUGGGUUGGUGAUUGCUUCAUCUAUACCAAUUCCACCAACCGUCUGAACUACCUCGUGGGUGACCAGACCUACACCAUUUCCCACUUCGACCAGCCCAUGUACUUGUUGGGAUAUCUCCCCCGCGACGCUCGGAUUUACCUGUCUGACAAGGAUGUUAAUGUUAUGUCCUUCGCUCUCUCUCUGUCGCUAGUGUCUUACCAGACCUGCGUUCUUCGUGAAGACAUGGAGAUGGCUGCCGAGCUACUCAAGGAUGUACCCGAGGAUCAGAUGAACAAGGUCGCUCGCUUCCUUGAGGGUCAGGGAUACAAAGAAAUGGCCCUUGAGGUCGCUACAGACUCGGAGCACCGUUUUGAUCUAGCCUUGUCACUUAACGACCUUGAGACCGCCCUUGAAAUUGCUCGUGAAACUAACACUGAACACCGAUGGAAGAUCGUAGGCGAUGCCGCCCUCGCUGCCUUCAAUCUUGCUCUAGCCCAGGAGUGCUUCACCAAUGCUAAAGACGUUGGUUCUCUCCUACUGCUGCACACCGCUAGCAAUAACCGAGAAGGUCUUCGCUCCCUGGUCGUUCAGGCUUCUGAGUCCGGGCUGCACAACGUUGCUUUCUCCAGCCUGUGGGCUUUGGGAGACGUUGACGGUUGCAUUGAUCUUCUCGUCAAGUCCAAUCGAUUUGCCGAGAGUGUUUUGUUCGCCCAGACCUACAAGCCCUCUCGAGCCCCUGAGCUUACUGUGAAGUGGAAGGAGUCUCUCGAGGGCUCAGGCAAGACCAAGGUGGCCCGCCUGAUUGGUGUGCCUCCUGGUGCUCCUGAUGUUAUCUCCACGGAUGAUGAUCUUUUCCCCGAAUGGGACGAAUACAUUCGCCUCGAGAAGGAAGGCAUUGUCCCCGAAGCCCCCUUGUCAGCGUCACUGAUUGAUAUUGAUGGCGACAACGAGACUGCAGCGAACGGCGGUCCUGCGGAAGAACCAGAAGCCGAGGCCGAGGCUGAGGCUGAAGAGGAGAGCGAGGAGGCAGAGUAA